AUGGCUGAUCAGUCGAUUAUCCGGAUUACAAAGGAGCUCAGCGAUCUCCAGCGAUCCUCCGACCUAUCACUUGCUGUGGCAUGUAGAGAUGUCGAUGUUCGUAACGUGCGCGCCAUGAUUAUCGGUCCAGCCGAUACUCCGUACGAGUUCGGCUUCUUCGAGUUUGCUUUCAAGUUCAACAAGGACUAUCCGCGCAAGUCGCCCCAGGUCACGGCUGUCACAACCAACUCAGGUCGAUGUCGCUUUAACCCAAAUAUUUACUCAACUGGCAAAGUCUGCCUCACAUGGCGUGGAGAACGGGGCGAGGAGUGGUCUGCAGCUCAAGGACUUGAAUCAAUCCUACUAUCGAUCCAGAGCCUGAUGUCAGGAAAUCCUUACGAGAACGAGCCUGGAUUCGAGGAAGCGAACGAUCCAUCUGACAAGAAGAAUCAAGAGGCAUACGUGCAAAAGAUACGCCACGAGUCACUUCGAAUCUCAGUAAUACAGCGUAUGGAACAAUAUCUCGGCCUCGCCCCAGACGGCAUGGCGCUCGCAUCUCAGUCCGCGGCCGAUCAUGAUAGCCUUGAGCAAGACCUGGAUGACCUUGACGAGUCGUCAGUGCCCUUUGAACCGUUCAAAGACCUUUGCAAGCGCAGAUUUCUCUGGUACUACGAUUCCUAUCUGGAAGCCAUCCGAAAGGCCAAAGCAGAGGUCAAAGAUCAUCAGCCCUUCGUCCGCAUGCCUUUCGAAGGUUCCAGUAAUUCCAUGGAGGGCAAGUUCAACUAUACCGAGCUUGAGCGUCGUCUGCACAACAUCAAGAGAGCCAUCGAUGCCGAGCUCGACGACUGGGCCAGGGAGGGCCUUGACGCCAAAAGGAGAGAUACUACCGUCAGUGUGAAUCUGCAGCACCAGUUCGAGCAGAUCAUCCAGAAUUUCAAGCGUAGGGACAUACCCCACGACAUACAACUGGAGGACCACAACCCCUUCGUGUGGGUUAUCACAUACUUCGGCAGACCCAUGACCAACCUCGACGGAGGACUUUUCAAGAUCAAGAUUCACUUCAGCCCCAGGUUUCCUGACGAGCAGCCUCGCGUCAAGUUCAGCACCAAGAUCUUCCACCAUCGCAUUGCGCUCGACGGCACGGCAUGCUACUCGCCAAACCCCAUGAGGAAAGAAGAUGUACUCACACAUAUCGAGGCUGUCAUUGAUAACCUUGAGGAGGAGGACCCCGCUUACGAUCCCCGAACUUUGGUAAACCUUGAGGCCAAUCAACUGUACUGGAGUGGUGCAGACGGAAGGAGGAAUUACAACCGCCGUCUGAGGAGAUCCGUGCAGCAGAGCACCGAGGACUUCUGAGCGGUUUCACGAAGCAAAUCUCAAUCUUAGGGGGCCACGCUGCAGCUUUCUGGAGGAUGGAAACUUGUACUUGGGUUGGGGGCUUUGUGCAUUGCAUGGUCAAAGGGCGAAUGGCAGACCAUCACACAUUAUGAGGAACACCGAGGCGAAGGCCAGCAUUCGUAUGAUAGGCGUUUGGACCAGGCUUGGGGUAAUAUACCACGAAGGACAGGGAGAAAGGUUGCGAUUACUAGCUAGAUUCUCCACCACAACAUGGAUAAUUUGUAUGAUAACGUGGCGGGCAAACGGCGGCUGAGUGCGCGAGGUGAAAGCAGGUGAAAUCGCGCUCAUUGGGAGCGCCAUGCAAUCAAGACAAUAGUGUCACAGCU